AUGGCUACAAGGUUUCCCAGCGAAAAUGUCGAUGUAUCGCCUCUUGGGGCACCAUUGCAGUUCGAAUUUAGUCAGCGUAAAGCCUUUAAUCGCUUUCUGAAGGCUGCUUUGACAGAAAGAAUGGCCUCGUGGUCUCUAACUGAUAUUUCCGCUCGAGGUAUCCCCAGUCAAAAUCUCAUCAAUCUUUAUCGUCGGUGGGGAGAGGGCCAAUUUGGACUUAUUCUUACCGGUAACAUCAUGAUGGCAUACGAUCAACUUGAGGCACCUGGAAACAUGAUCAUUGAUCUUGAGAACCCAUUCGGUGGCGAACGAUUUGAAGCAUUCAAGCAACUAGCCACUGCCGCCAAGAAGCAUGGAAGUUUGAUCGUUGGUCAGGUCAGCCAUCCUGGUCGUCAGACAUUUGCACAGCUGCAAUCCAAUCCAGUUUCUGCUAGCGAUGUCCAGCUUGUCAUGCCAAGAAUGAGCGCAUUUGGGAAACCCCACGCAGCUAGCGAGGAAGAAAUUCAGGAUAUUAUCCGCCGCUUUGUUCACGUAGCCGUUUACCUGCAAAAGGCUGGGUAUGAUGGUAUUCAGCUGCAUUCCGCCCAUGGCUAUCUCCUCGCCCAAUUCUUGUCUCAGACAACGAACAAGAGGAUAGAUAAAUAUGGCGGGAGCUUGGCCAAUCGUGCACGGAUUAUUGUGGAAAUAGCCGACGCCAUUCGUCACGCACUCCCAGAGCCCGGAUUUAUCAUUGGAAUCAAGAUUAACUCGGUGGAAUUCCAAGAACAUGGAUUUACCCCCGAGGAGUCAAAGGAAUUGUGUGAGAUUCUAGACCGCACCAACUUUGACUUUGUUGAGUUGUCUGGUGGAACUUAUGAAGCUGGCGCCUUCGUACACAAGCGAGAGUCUUCAAAGAAACGAGAAUCGUUCUUCAUAGAAUUUGCAGACCUCAUCGCCCCUGCUCUCAGGCGCACUCGCAGCUAUGUGACAGGAGGAUUUUGCACAGCCUCUGGAAUGGUCCAGGCUCUGGAAACAGUUGAUGGCGUUGGUCUUGGCCGCUCCAUUACCCAGGACCCUCGCUUACCAAUGGAGCUGCUCGCUGGAACUGUACAGAGUGCAAUUAAGCAGAAGAUUGAUCACCAGGACUUUUCCAAGACAAGUCCUGCUGCUGGAGUACAAAUGCUGCAGAUUGCACAGGAUGAAGAACCGAUCGAUCUGAGCAAUGAUGCCAACAUGGAAAUUUUCAUGAGAAGCCUUGGGGAAUGGGCACAAGAGGUGCAGAAAGAUGGCGCUGCAAUGAAAAUGUACGGUUAUGCCCGGCUUCCCAAGGGUGAGCCAUUCCAAAGUCAUAUAUGA